AUGCAGAGAAAGCUAGAAUUUUACCAUCAAAGAGGUAUCAUUCCUCGUGAUGAUGCAAUGAUAUUUGGUAAUUUUGAAGAUAUUGAGUCUGCAAAUAAUGUGGAAUUGAAUUCUGCUGAUUAUGAUGCAGAUAAUUUUAUUAUUGAAGACGAAGAUGAGGGAGAAGAGGAAAAUACAACAGGACCAGACUAUGUGACCGCUAGUAAAAAUACUCAAGAUCAGACUAAAGAUCAGAAUAAGGAUUAUGGAUUUGAAAUAGAUGAAAAUGAUGAUGUAGACGACUUGGGAUUAGGAGAAAUUUCGAAAAUUUCGAAACAAACUACGAAAGGUUAUAGAGAUUAUUAG